AGACGUUAUGCUAGCGAUUCUAGCUUUUUUUCAACUUCAUAGUUUUCAAAAUAAAUGAUUUGUGUUUGUAAUGUUUGCUACUUUUCUUCAAGUAUUUAUUGUAGCUUUCUUUAAUUUUAGUUUUUCGUCCUUCAACAUUAUGAAAAUUUGACAUAGUAGAGAAGAAGCCACGAUUUCGCUUCACAGCCACAAUCUCUUUGCUUGAAAUAAUAUCAUCAAAAUUCGUUUGCCUUCUCUUUUUCAUCACAACUAAAUCUACGCGUCGUUUCGUAAAAACCCACCUCGAAUCACCGGCAUUGAUUGGCCGCUUGCGAGCGCCGGAGGAGAAUGGCGGCGCCGACGAUUGUCGUCGAUCACUUGAUCCUGACAACAUUCUUCGCCUCUCUAUUAGCGUUUCUGCUUCUAUACCUCUUGCGACGCCGUAGCAGCGUGAGCCGGAAUCGGAGGAAUAAAUUGGGGAGCAAAAUCGACGGAACCCUAACCGUGAAAUCUGGAAAUGACGUCGAUAUUAUCAUCGUCGGUGCUGGUGUCGCCGGAGCCGCCCUCGCUCAUACCCUCGGCAAGGAAGGAAGAAGAGUUCAUGUUAUUGAAAGAGACUUAACCGAACCUGAUCGAAUCGUUGGUGAACUGCUUCAACCAGGUGGAUACUUGAAGUUAAUCGAACUCGGGCUUGAUGAUUGUGUGAAGGAGAUAGAUGCGCAGAGAGUUCUUGGCUAUGCUCUCUUCAAAGAUGGGAAACACACCACACUUUCUUACCCUUUGGAUCAGUUUGAUUCUGAUGUCGCGGGUCGUAGCUUUCACAAUGGGAGGUUCGUGCAGAGGAUGCGAGAGAAAGCUUCUACACUUCCCAACGUUCGAAUGGAGCAAGGAACAGUGACAUCGUUGGUUGAAGAAAAAGGAGUAAUCAAAGGCGUUCAGUACAAAACAAAAGAUGGACAAGAGCUUAAAUCAUUUGCUCCUCUCACCAUCGUAUGUGAUGGUUGUUUCUCCAACUUGCGCCGCUCUCUCUGCAAACCUAAGGUUGAAGUUCCAUCGAAUUUCGUUGGACUUGUGUUAGAGAACUGCGAGCUCCCGUUUCCUAAUCACGGCCACGUCGUUCUCGGAGAUCCGUCGCCGAUUCUGUUCUAUCCAAUCAGCAGCACGGAAGUCCGUUGCUUAGUCGAUGUACCGGGCUCGAAACUCCCUUCAGUCGCAUCCGGAGAAAUGGCUAACCACCUCAAAACAACCGUCGCGCCGCAGGUGCCGGUUCAAAUCCGCGGCGCGUUCGUUUCCGCGGUGGAAAAGGGUAACAUAAGAACAAUGCCGAACCGGAGCAUGCCUGCUGAUCCGAUUCCUACGCCCGGAGCUCUGCUUCUAGGGGACGCUUUCAACAUGCGUCAUCCUCUAACCGGAGGCGGUAUGACCGUUGCUUUAUCCGAUAUCGUCAUCCUCCGCGAUCUGUUAAACCCGCUCGUCGACUUAACCGACAAAGAGUCGCUGUCCAAGUACAUCGAAUCGUUCUACACGUUGCGAAAACCUGUUGCUUCGACCAUCAAUACGCUCGCGGGAGCUCUUUACAAAGUGUUUUUGGCGUCUCCUGAUGACGCGAGGAGCGAAAUGCGUCGAGCUUGCUUCGAUUAUCUUAGCCUCGGUGGUGUUUGCUCGUCGGGACCGGUGGCUUUGCUCUCCGGUUUGAACCCGAGGCCGAUGAGUCUUGUGCUUCAUUUCUUCGCGGUGGCGAUAUUCGGUGUUGGUCGUUUGCUCGUGCCUCUUCCUUCCGUUAAACGGUUAUGGCUCGGAGCUAGACUAAUAUCGAGUGCUUCAGGGAUUAUAUUUCCGAUAAUAAAAGCAGAAGGUGUGAGGCAAAUGUUCUUCCCUCGAACGAUUCCUGCCAUUUACAGAGCUCCUCCUUCUCAUAAUUCGCAGGUCCGAAUGAACCGGAUGGUUUGAUUUGGUUUUCUACGAGCUGUGGUUUGAAUCUAUUAAGAAGAAAAGAUUCGUAAGUAAAAAAAAAAAUGUAUUAUUAAUUGUUAGAAACAUGUGUUUUGUCCACUACAAAUAAUAUUUGUAAAACAAACAAAAGGUAUUUAAAGCUUCUUAUUUUAUUUAUUUUUCUAUUUACAGCAUA